CUUAGCACACUGCGGUGCACUCAUUAGGUGCACAAGAUGUGACUUUUGUGAAUUUAUACUGGCUUCAUUUAGAAGUAUGAUGGCAUAUUUGGGAAGGAGAGCAGCUACAUUCCACUGCAUCUCUAUUUAAAGCUACAUUCGGCAAUGGGUUAGCAGUUCACGUACCAUAAUUUUAUAACUGGUCAACUAAUCGAGGGAAGCAAUGGGCAACUCAGGUCAAAUGAAUGCUUCACGUUUAGUUAUGCCAGCCCUUCUCAUGGUUGGUUGGAUUGUGGGAUGUGCAGUGGUGGUCUACUUUGUCUUUUCUUAAGUAGACAUGAAGACAUGUUGACUGAAAUAAUAGCAGAAGAACACUAUUUUAAUGGGCUAAACCAAAAACUCAUAUGCAAAUAGAAAUUCUACUUUAACUAGUGUUUCCAUUUUUGCUUUUACAAACUUGUUAAUUCAUUAUAAGUCAAAUGUAUUUCUUGAAUGAUUGGAUUUGUUAUAAGUGACAACUAGAUUAUACAAUAAAUUAUUUAUGUAAAAAACUUAAAAUGUAAUUGCUUUAAACUUGCAUCACACUUUAUAUGUUGGCAUAUAUCUAGAGAAUCCCUUUAGUACAAGUUAUCAUAAUCUACCCAUCUGUCAUACAAUUACUGAACCUCUUAACCAUUUUGUGUAUACAUAUAUCUAUAGAACUGCUUAUCCAUUUUUGGUGAAAGAGCCUCUUCAAUUGUUAGCAUCUGAGAUAUG